AAAACUGCUGACGGAGAGUGGCUGACUAGCGACUCUUGCAGUUGCUGCGCUAUUCCUCCCCUUCGUGGAGUCACAACCGCAGUACGACGACAACGACGACGAUCGUCGACAGCCGCGGAUCGUCGUCAGUUACCGGCGCCGACAUAGUCACUUUGCUACAACAACAGCUGUGGAAAACGGGCAGCGCGGUGGUGGACAAACGUAGUGCGCUCUCCGGUGCAACGUUACGCUGACGUUCGUUUGCUUGGGUUCGGAAGGCUGCGAGCUGUAACCGUCAGCUGUUCGCCGAGCGCACAGAUAUGUAAAGAGAUACCAAGCAGACAAACAAACCUUCUUUCAAGAGUUUUUCCGUUUCGUAUAUUUGUGUUUUGCUUGCGCGUUUGGCUGUGUUUUAGCGAUCUUGCUUUCAAUUUACUGUUACAGUAGAGGUAACCCAGCUAAUGCGAGGUGGUUACAAAGACGACGACGACGACGACGAUUACAGACGCAGCAGCAGUGGCACAGACUGCAUUAUGCGUUUCUGUGAUGUCUGCAACCGUCUCUGUCACGUUAGGUUGGAGCGUGAAUGAGUGAGUAAACGUGUGCGGUUCCCAGUAGAGGAUAACCAGUUAGUCAAGAUCCUAUUCAUUGGCCAACUGUGGUACGAAGGAUCGUCAGCCGAACCCAUUCAAGGAGAGUGUUUUGUCACCAGCGCGCACGGAGGUGAUUAGUGGAUUCGUGUGGCCGUUGUUGUUGUUGUUGUUGUUGUGCGGUGGCUGGAUUAAUACGCGUCGUAUCCUAUCCGACCCGCAGGGCAGUAUUCAUCGAUGAAUGUUUAUUUAUAGAAUGCAGCUGUGAAAGUUAGCCACACGUCACGGAAGUGAAACAAAGAGAAACGAGCGCCACUCUAGACCGAACAACGUCGGUGGUGUUUAAGUAAUUCGUCCUCCAUAGUGGAGACAUAACUUUCAACGUGGUAAAAUGGACAAUGGCCAACAAUCUACGACUUCAGUUGCGACGAAAAGUUUCAUCGCUGGAGGCAUUGCGGGAAUGGCUUCAAAGACAACUGUGGCUCCUUUAGAUCGAAUUAAAAUUUUACUGCAAGCACACAACGUACAUUAUGCUCAACAUGGAGUCGUCAGCGGACUUCGUGGUAUAGUAAUUCAGGAGGGAUUCAAAGGCCUUUAUAAGGGGAAUAAUGCCAUGAUGGUGAGGAUCUUUCCGUACGCAGCUGUGCAGUUUCUUUCGUUUGAGACGUACAAAAAACAUUUCAAGGAGUCUGCCAUUGGUAGGAGUAGUCCACACGCGAGUAAAUUUUUGGCAGGUUCAGCAGCUGGUGUGACAGCCGUUCUCGCAACAUAUCCUCUUGACAUGGUCAGGGCACGGUUAGCGUUCCAGGUUAAUGGGCAGCACAUAUAUAGCGGAAUCCUCGAUACGAUAGUCAAUAUCUUCAAAAAGGAGGGUGGAAUAUUAGCGCUUUACAAAGGACUAACACCUACUCUGAUAGGAAUGGUCCCUUACGCGGGAAUCAAUUUUUACGUAUUCGAACAACUCAAAGCAGUACUCUUGCUUCAAUUUCCGUUCGUCUUUGCCCAGCCCAAUCUGACAAAUUCCGGCGGACUUCAGCUCAACGUUCCUGGCAAACUUUUGUGCGGCGGUAUUGCUGGAGCAAUUGCUCAAACUGUCAGCUAUCCGAUGGACGUUGCCCGAAGACGAAUGCAACUUAGUCUAAUGUAUAAGGAAAUGAAUAAGUAUAAUAUCGGCUUUUUCGGAGCGCUUAUUUUGACGUGGCGCGAACAUGGAGUGGUGCGCGGUCUCUAUCGGGGCAUGACAGCCAACUACUUUCGAGCUGUUCCCAUGGUAGCCGUAUCCUUUUCAACAUACGAAGUAAUGAAGCAGCUUCUCGGUCUCGACACUGGAGUUAACUAAUAUCAUCAUGUGCUUACAGAAAAUCUAUCUGAGAUAUAAAUCCGCCUUCGAAUUUCAAAUUCAAGUAACCAAGCUGCUUUUGAAUUCCUUCAACUUAGCUAAGUGAGCGACGUUUUGCCAGGAACGGUGCCAGCGCUAACUUCGUAGUAGUUGCUGUUCUGAGUGUUUGCUGAUUCAUUCAUGGAAACAGGAAAAUGGUGAAAGAUGAACAUACCAUUUUGUCGAAAACGACAAAAACAAAAAGGAGACAGCUAAGAUCAUUGCUAUUAUGUGGCCGAAUGCGUGUAUUUAUAAUCAGGUGUAUAAUAUAUAAGUUUAUUCGUAAUUGUUCUUUUUCAUUUGUUAUAUAUAUAUAUAUAUAUAUAUAUAUAUAUAUAUAUAUAUACAUAUAUAUACAUAUCGUAAUUAUAUGUCAAUGUCGUAUAAGACGCUCUCUGGCGAUGUCAUUAGUUAAUGUUGAUCUGCAUGCAACAACGCACAAUCGCCCUGACGAGCGUUUACGGAGGACCUUAUAUUGUCAAAUAGAACGCUACGCGAUCGACAAUAGCGCUCUCUUCAGUUUACGAACGUACAUCUAUGUAAGCAUUAUAUGGGACGACUAAUGAUGGCAACGACAACCGCGCGCUGUUUACUACUGUCCAAUAAUCGAACUGUUCACCCUCUAGCAGCUUCACCGGUUCGGACUCUAUUUUUCGUCUUUAGACGUCCUCAAUAUCUUCCCUAAUGCCUUUUGCAAUGUUCACAGAAUUCUUCGCCAAUGAAGAAUUGCUUUGAAGAAGCAAAUGCUCAAAGACAAAUAUUUAUUUAUAUACGUACACACACGCAGACGGUAGAUAAGUACGAAGUAUGUGUAUACCGUGCAUAUGUUGUCAUGUUUGUGUAUCGUAGAGACAUCGGCCAGGGAUAGUGCACACUUAAAAUAGGUGCGCAUAGUUAAUGGCUCGUUCUCCUCGUAUAUAUAUUCAACGUCUAUACGGAAUUUUUAGUGUAUCUAAAUACGAGAAAAAACAUGUUGCUUGAAAAUAUUUGUCAAGGAAGGAGGCAGGUGUUGCUCCCGACAUUUUGAGAACCGAUACACGACUUACGAACCUUUACAUCUAGUGGUAUACGUUGUCGUGGUAUUAGUACAGACGAUGUUCAAAACGUUGCUACUUCUAUACGUUUGAUGUUAAUCUUUACAUUUUAUAAUAAUAAUAAUAAUAAUAAUAAAGAAAAAAAAACGAACAAAAAGAAUAGUAAAUAACACUGUUUCUAACAACGUUA